GUUCAAUCAAACUGGCCACCCAAGUUCCGAAAAGUUUAGUUGGGGUUUUAUUUAUUCACUCUUCAAAUUUUCUCAAACGAAUGCUACUUCGUUGCGCAUUCAGCUGAGCGGAGAUGGCUUUUUGGUGUAGAAUCAAUCAAUCAAAACAGCUAAAACUGUUAAAUCAUCAGUUGAAGAGAUAUUACACCCAAGUUCCUCAACUCAAUUCCUCUGUGACAGUUACAGAGCCAAGCAUUCGUGCUGUAGAGAAACCCUUUUGGGGAAUUAUUAGAAAGCGCACUGAUUUUUGCAACAAUGUCAGGUUUUUUGCCGCUCCGAUUCAGGCUCAGCCAAAGAAGGAAGAGAAGAACCUGAAUGGGCCGCGCUUAAAUGACCAAAUUACUGCUCGGUUUGUUCGACUUGUGUUGGACGAAGGACAUAAAGUUGUCUCGAGGCAUGAAGCGCUUGAUCGUGCUAGGAGGCUCAACCUUGAUUUGGUUGAGGUUCAAAGAAAUGCAGAUCCACCUGUCUGUAAAAUCAUGGACUUCCAUAGAGAGAAAUACAAGAAAGAAGUACAGGAAAAGGAACGUGCUAAAGCCAAGUCCGAUGUGACUUUAAAAAAAGGAGCUUGCAAAGAGGUUAGAUUCUCUGGGAAAAUUGAGCAAAACGACUUGAAGAUGAAAGCAGAUACUGUCAAAAGACUGAUAGAGCGUGGUUAUAGGGUGAAGUGCAUGGCCUUGCCUGUGAGUCAAAAAGAAGAAGGAGAGGACUUGGGAGGAUACUUAUCUCGCCUGCUUCCUUUGAUUGAAGAUAUAUCUGUUAUUGAAAGUGGCCCACAUUUGGAGAAAAAACAGGCAUAUGUUGUGAUUAGGCAUGUCAAAUUUGGCCCAUCUAAGAAAGGUGGUAAAAAAUCCAAGCUUGAUGGAGAUACAAGUACUGUAGUUUCUAAGGGUGCAGCAACAACUUCAGGUGAUGUUUCUACCUCUGCAACAUGUGAAGAAAGCACUGCAGGUAUUGGCUCAGAAGAUGAGUCAUCUAUGGAUGAGGCUCACCUGUCAAUCCCAGCACCAACAAUGCAGAAUUUUACAAAAAAAGUAACAAAUCCUGCACCAGAAACAGUUCACAGGCCCGCAAAUUUCAAUUCUUCAAACUUUUCACAUCCUCAGCCAGUGCAUGGUUUUGCAAGGGAAGACACACUUCAGUACUCCUCACCAGAGCCUUCUCUAGGCGUUGAAAAUAGAUACAAAAGAAGUGAACCAAGGAAUCAGUUCCCACCAACUAGAUCAGUGGAUAAUUCGGGUCCAGGUAUGAGAGACUCCGUCAGGUCAGAAGCCCAGUUUCCAAAUCAUAGAAGGCAACCACCAUUUGAUACAAACAUCUCUCCCUCAAUGGGAGAGAGAAAGCAAGUUGGAAAUGAUUCUUCUGUUUUUAGGAAUGCUAGGCCUCCUAGUAACAUACCCAAGCGAGAACCUUCUGGUCCUAAUGUCCCCGGAUACCCGUCUUCUAGUUAUGGAAUUUUCAGCAACCAAAAAGCCAAUGUUCCUGGAAAUUCUGGCGCUGCAGGAAGUGGGGCAAAUCAAAGCAAUCCAGGUUUAAAACCAGAUGGUAGCCAAAGUACAGGCACAGAUAAGAAAUGGGGAAUAUUCAGUAGAUAACUAUAGUGUACUGAAUAAUCAAGAUGACAGUAAAGAUACUAGGCACUAGUGUCUGGGAUUGGCAAACAUUUCUGGAAACAAUUCCUUUCUAUCAUGAUGGGUCAUCGGUUUGUUAAUCAUCAUUCAUCUUCUGUCUUAUAUAUUGUUUGUAAUGUGCCUUGAUUAAAUAGGGCGGCAGAGAUUUUUUUGAAUGUAUCACAAAUUAAUAAAUUAUUCCUUAUCAAGA